UUGAAUGCAAUCUAACUCAUACAUUUAGUGCAAAAAUUUUAACGAUAUUCAUCUUACGCUAAAAACGAAAAUAGUUUUCGUAACAUCAGAAUAACGAAACGCCAAAUAACACAUCGAUACGUAAUAUCAGAAGGGGACCUGUUAUUGCAGCAAAUAACCCAACAGAAAAGUCGCACCUUGAAAGGGGGUAGAGAAGGACUCUUGGCAAGGUUUUGCACAUCACAUGCUCUGAGCCAAUUAUCCACAUUUAAGCAUUUCAAUUGAAGCAUAAAAGGGCGCAAAAAACCUAAUUCAAGGAUCUCUGGGAGCAAGGACUUUACAAAGCUAAAUUUAAGGAGGGAGUAGCGAUGGCGCCUAAAUUGACGCCAUUUCCCUCAAUUCGAUUGAAGAAGGCGAAUGCCAGCAAGAUGACAACGACAACAACGAGCAGCAUGAAGAAAAUGACUAUGAUGGGAAGGCAGCAAAGAUGGCAUAAUUUCAAAAUCAUCACAAUCACAAUUGGAAUUUUAUUGGCGCAAUCAUUACAACAAAUUGAAGCACAAGAUAUAUCAACAUCAUCAUUGGACUACAAUGACAAUGACAACUCUAUCUAUCAUGGCAACGGAAAUGAAGGUGCAGAUGAAGAGGCCUUCUACAACACCGCCACUAGUGGCUGGGCGAGCCUCAACAGGAACAGCAACAGCAACACUAACGUCAACACCAAUGGCUUUCUAAGCAAUAUGGAAUCCCCAGAAAUAUUCUCAUGUCUAACGGAAGGCCUACAUGCCCACCAGCAUGAAUGCCAUCUCUACUAUCGUUGUGAACUGCAAAGGAAUGGUUACAUCAAAGCAUAUUUGUUAAGUUGCAAGAGAGGAACGAUAUUCUCACGUGAUUUGAAAUUAUGCAUGCCUCCGCUGUUGGCAAAUCGUGAGGAUUGUCAACAUUAUAUCAAUGAAAUCGAUACACAACUGACAAGUGCUGAUGAUGCCGAUGCUGCGGAUAGCAUUGGGGGCCAUACCAUGCCACUUGGGAAUUGGGGAAAUGCUGACAACUAUGAUGAUGAGAGUAUUGAUAACCGAUUGAUGCACAUCCUCCAAAGGGCUCAGUUGCGGGGUGGCAUUACCACUGGAGGAGGUAUAGCGAAUAAUGGCAAUGCCAUGGCUGGCGGCCAACAUCAAUGGCAAAAUUAUGGCCUCACAGGAUUAAGCGGAGUUUCGGUAAUUUCCUUCUCCACGUCAUCCGCACGUUCGGCCGGUGAUAUGGCUGCAGAUAAUGACCAAGGACCUGCAUGUAGGGGCGAUGGAUUUAUGAGCGAUCCAGAUGAUUGCACAGUUUUCUAUCGUUGCAUAUCGAAUGGUCAGACUUUCAAUAAAAUUGGCUUCCGUUGCUCAGAUGGUACAGCAUGGGAUGAAUCAUUGCAAUCGUGUAAUCACGUGGACAAUGUACGUAAUAAUGGUGGAUGCAUGAAUAAGCAGGAUGAACAGCAGCAACAACAACAGGGACCUCAAAUGGAUGAACAGCAAACAUCGACACAAUCAUCACAGAACAGUCAUCAGAAUACCACCUCAUCUUCCUCAACCUCCAGUUCGCAACAGCAACAAAGUUCUUCGCAAUCAUCUUCGACAUCGUCGUCAACAUCUUCUUCUUCAUCAGCUGCCACUCAACAAUCGUCGACCGAGAGUUCAUGGAGCUCAUCAACUAGCACCCAAAGUUCCUCUUCAUCAAGCAACAGUCAAACGAGCACUUCUAGCAACUCCAAUUCAUCGAACAAUGAAAGUUCUACCCAAAGCUCCAAUAAUCAACAGUCAUCGACUAGUAGCAAUAAUCAAAAUUCUAAUUCUAACAAUCAAUCCAAUACCCAAGGUUCAAGCCAAAGCUCCGCCAACAACCAAUCAUCUACGGGAUCAAAUUCUCAAAAUGCCAACAAUCAGAAUGCUCAAAGUUCUUCCUCUGGUUCAUCCAACAAUUCUAAACCAGCAGCCUCACAUUGUGAAGAUGAAAAUACCUACAUACCAGAUAAGGAUGACUGUGCAAAGUUUUAUCGCUGCCGAGAUAAUGGCAAUGGAACAUUGGAAAUGGUACCAUUUACAUGUGGACCAGGUACUGUAUGGAAUCAAGAUGAUAAAGUUUGCGAUUUGCCAACUGAUUCGCAGCGUGAAAAAUGCAAAGUAUCGUCAUCGAACUCAGGAAAUCAAGGAUCCUCUUCAAGCAAUCAAUCGGGUUCAGCUAACAAUCAAUCAGGAUCAUCGAACAAUCAAUCGGGGUCAUCGACUAAUCAAUCAGGUUCUUCAAGUAAUCAAUCAGGAUCUUCAAAUAAUCAAUCAGGUUCCUCAAGUAAUCAAUCAGGAUCUACCAGUAAUCAAUCCGGAUCUGCAAGCAGUCAAUCAGGGUCUUCAAAUAACCAAUCAGGAUCUUCAAGUAACCAAUCAGCUUCUUCAAAUAAUCAAUCAGGAUCUUCCAAUAAUCAAUCAGAAUCUUCAAGCAAUCAAUCUGGUUCAUCCAGUAACCAAUCAGGAUCUUCCAAUAAUCAAUCAGGAUCUACCAGUAAUCAAUCCGGAUCUUCAAAUGGUCAAUCUGGUUCUUCUAGUAAUCAAUCAGGAUCUUCAAGCAGUCAAUCAGGGUCUUCAAAUAACCAAUCAGGAUCUUCAAGUAAUCAAUCUGCUUCUUCAAAUAAUCAAUCAGGAUCUUCCAACAAUCAAUCAGGAACUUCCAGCAAUCAAUCUGGUUCUUCCAUUAAUCAAUCAGGAUCUUCCAGCAAUCAUUCAUCUACCACAAGUUCUUCCAACAAUCAAUCAGGAUCGAAUAACAAUCAAUCCGGUUCAUCGUCUAAUAAUCAAUCUGGUUCAUCUUCAUCCAAUAACAAUCAAUCUUCGUCCUCCAGCAAUCAAUCGGGUAGUUCUUCUCAAUCUUCUUCUUCAGGUUCGAACAAUGAACAAAAGCCUCAGAAACCUUCAAAUCCUGAUGGCAAAUGUACCGAUACCGAGACAUAUUUACCUGAUAAAACUGACUGUGCUCGUUUCUAUCGAUGUGUGGAUAAUGGUAAUGGGGGCUUUGAUACCAUUGGUUUUGAUUGUGCUCCUGGCACUGUAUGGGAUCCAGAUUCUAAAGGUUGUAAUCAUCCCACAGAUGUACAAAAAGAACAAUGUAGGGUAAUGGCUAGUAGUGCUGGAUCAUCAACAUCUAGUUCAAGUUCUCAACAGCAGGGUUCCUCAUCAUCUGGUUCUCAGGGAUCCCAAAGUUCUACUUCUACAACUGAAUCAAAUCAAUCUUCAGGUUCAGCAACACAAUCUUCACAAACAGGUUCUCAAUCAUCCACUAGUUCAGGAUCAAAUCAAUCUUCCAGCAGCAGUCAAACAGGAUCAUCAUCUCAAGGUUCUUCUUCUACAACAGAAUCUAAUCAAUCAACAGGUUCUACAACACAAACUUCCACACAAAGCGGAUCUCAAUCUUCCAGCAGUGGGCAAACAGGAUCAUCAUCUCAAGGUUCUCAAAGUUCUUCUUCUACAACAGAAUCAAAUCAAUCAUCAGGUUCUGCAACUCAAUCUUCUACACAAGGCGCAUCUCAAUCUUCCGGAAGCGGUCAAACAGGUUCUUCAUCUCAAGGUUCUCAAAGUUCUUCUUCUACAACAGAAUCUAAUCAAUCAUCAGGUUCUGCAACUCAAUCUUCUACACAAGGCGGAUCGCAAUCUUCCAGCAGCGGCCAAACAGGUUCAUCCUCAAAUCAAUCUUCCUCUAGCUCAGGAUCAAACCAAAGUUCUUCCACAACAACAGAAUCAAAUCAGUCAUCGGGUUCCUCAACACAAUCAUCCUCUUCACAAACAGAAUCGCAGACCUCAUCAAGCUCAGGAUCUAAUCAAUCGUCAAGCGGUAACCAAAGUUCAACAACAGAAUCACAACAGUCGUCAGGUGGAAGCUCACAAAGCGGUUCAAAUCAGUCUUCCGGAAGCAAUCAAAGUGGUUCAAAUUCACAAAGUUCUUCAUCCACCGAAUCUAGUCAAUCCAGCGGUUCUACGACACAGUCAACAGGAAGUCAACAAUCGUCCACAUCUUCCUCAUCAUCAUCAAAUUCCAACACCACCGAAUCUAGUUCUAGUUCCUCAUCCAACAACAAUCAAAGUUCCAGUAACAACCAAACAAGCACUACUCAAAAACCCUUCCGUCCUGCCGAAAAAUGCGAAAGUGAAGAAACCUUUUUGGAAGACAAGGAAGAUUGCAGUAAAUUUUACAGAUGUACCGAUGAUGGCAAAGGUGGUUUCAACAAGGUUCCCUUUAAAUGUCCCCCCAACACCAUAUGGCAUCCCGAGGCUAAUAGUUGUGAUCAUCCUGAUCAAGUUCCCAAAAGAAAUUGUAAAAUGCCACCACCACCUCCUCCUUCGUCAACGACUACUGAAGGCAAUAAUUCAACAUCCUCCUCCAAUCAAAGUGGAAGCCAAAGUUCAAGUUCAACAGAAGGUUCUCAAACUACGGGUAGCUCAUCGAAUAACCAAUCCAGUUCCUCUUCGGGUUCUUCUACCACUGGUAAUCAAAGCACUUCUACGCAGCAAGGAAGCAGCACCGGCCAAUCAUCCUCUUCAUCUACGCAAGAAUCUAGCACUAGUCAAUCAUCCUCUUCCUCAAACCAGGAAACCAGCACAAGUCAAUCGUCCUCUUCAUCCACCCAAGAAUCUAGCACUAGUCAAUCAUCCUCUUCCUCAAACCAGGAAACCAGCACCAGUCAAUCAACCUCUUCAUCAACUCAAGAAACCAGCACUAGUCAAACAUCUACUUCAACGUCUUCCUCCCAAAACUCUACAUCUUCCUCCCAAAACUCUACAUCUUCCUCCCAAGGAGGCAAUACAACUCAAAGCAGCACCUCCUCUGGUCAAUCAUCAAGCUCAACCCAAGAGUCUUCUACAUCCCAAUCAUCUACUUCGCAAUCCUCCACAUCACAAGGCUCCACAUCAUCCUCUCAAGGAACUUCGACAAGUCAAAGUUCUAGUAGUUCUUCCUCCUCUCAGCAGUCCAGUACCACAUCUUCCAAUCAGCAAAAGCCCAUAGGUAGCUGCCAUGACAACAAUCAGUAUUUGGAAGAUGCUCAAAAUUGUGCACGUUUCUAUAGAUGCGUGGACAAUGGCAAAGGUGGUUACGAUAAGGUAGCCUUCACCUGUGGUCCUGGCACCGUAUGGGAUAGUCAAAUAGAGGCUUGUAAUCAUGCCUGGGCUGUGAAAGAUCGCAAAUGUGGUAGCGGUUCUACGCAAACGGAAGCGACCACUCAAAAACCUACAACUCCUAGCUCGAUGCCCACUAGCAAGCCUAUGGAAGAACCUCCUACAUCGGGACCAACAACUACAUCAACACAAAAACCCAAGCCUGCGACUCGGCCUCCCACGACUGCGCCACCUGCUCCUCAACCACAAGGUAUUUGUAAGACUGAUGGUUUUGUUGGCGAUCCCAAUGAUUGUGCCCGUUUCUAUAGAUGUGUGGAUAAUGGGCGAGGAGGAUUUACUCAGUAUCCCUUCCGUUGUGGAGAUGGUACAGUUUGGGAUAGUGAUUUGCAAACCUGUAACCAUGAUCUGAAUAAAUGCAAUUCAAAACCGGGAUAUGAGACCACAACCCAAGGAAUGCAGACAACCACCACUGCAAGACCUACAACCAGCAAACCCCAGCAGACAAGCCAGAAGCCACAGACCACCACUAACAGCAGCACCACAGGAAAACCAGGUUACGAACCAACAACUGGUAAACCCCAAGAGACUAAUCAGAAACCACCAGAAACAACCACACAGAAACCUGGUAAGCCCACCACCCAAAAUAGCAGCAGCACAGGAAAACCAGGUUACGAACCAACAACUGGUAAACCCCAAGAGACUAGUCAGAAACCCCCGGAAACAACCACCCAGAAACCUGUUAAGCCCAUCACUCAAAAGCCUCAAGAAGAGACCACUACUACAGCAUAUCCUCAGACAACAACAAUGAAACCAGAUCCCAAUAAACCCAUCUCAUCAAAGGAUCCCUGCCCCAAGGAAGGUUUCUUUGGUGACAAGGACGAUUGUCAGCGUUUCUUCAGAUGUAUUGACAACGGCAAAGGUGGUUUUGAAAAGCAUUCCUUCAAAUGUGGCAACGACACUGUAUGGGAUGCCGAAAUUGAAGGUUGUAAUCAUCCCUCGGCUGUAUCAGAUACAAAUUGUCAUGUAGGAGAGGGUACAACCAAUGCUCCUGGCUAUUAUCCAACAACAACUACCAACAAAUAUGACACUACAACAACUUCUAAACCUAUCGGCAGUGAAGAAACUACCACUAUGGCAACAACAUCAACUACUCCCCUACCAAAUCUUCCACCAGGAACCAAAUGUCAGGGAGAGGGCUUAAUGGCGGAUCCCGAGAAUUGUCGCAUAUUCUAUCGGUGCACAGGAGAUAGCAAAGGUAAUUACGAGAGACAUGAAUUCAAAUGUGCCAAGGGAACCGCCUGGAGCGAGGAAAAACAGGCAUGUGAUUAUAGGGAAAAUGUGGAGCGUUGCAGUGGAACCACUGAAGAACCAGAACCAGAAACUACCACUACAAUGGAGGAGGUAACCUCCGGCACUACAGAUAAAUUUACCACCACAACGGAAAAAUAUACCACCACUACUGAUAAAUACACCACCACAACUGACAAACCCACCAUGACCACUACUCAAUACCCCACAACCACAACUCAAGCUAUCACCACCAAAAAGCCCACCAUGACCACUACUCAGUACCCCACAACCACAACGGGGGAAACCACCACAGUAACUUCCACCACUGCAGAUUAUACCACAACAAUACAACCCACUUCCACCACUGCCAUACCCAACUUACCUCCAGGCAAGAAAUGCCAGGGAGAAGGUUUUAUGGCCGAUCCUUAUGAAUGUCAGAAAUUCUAUAGAUGUAUCAUGACUGACAAAGGCUACGAAAUGCAUGAGUUUAAAUGUUCGAAAGGUACCGCCUGGAAUGAAGAAAAGCAAGCCUGUGAUUUUAGAGAGAAUGUGGAGCGCUGCGCUGGAACCACUGAAGAACCGGAAUUAGAAACCACCACAGAGUAUGAGCAAACAAGCAGUACAACGGAUAAAUACACCACUACCACAGAGGGUAAUGAGAAACCCACAACCACCACUAUGCCUACCACGACCUAUAAACCUACCCCACCAACAACUGAAGCGGCUACUACCACCAUGGUUACAACUACCAUGCAAACUACAACAAGUAAACCUACCGCGACUACAAUGUCUCCGGAAACUACCACCGUGAUUUCUACAACAUCCUCCACCACACCUAUUCCGAAUCUUCCCCCUGGCAAGAAAUGUCAAGGUGAGGGUUUCAUGCCCGAUCCUGAUAACUGUCAGAAAUUCUAUAGAUGUACCGUGACUGACAAAGGCUACGAAAUGCAUGAGUUUAAAUGUUCGAAAGGUACCGCCUGGAAUGAUGAAAAACAAGCCUGUGAUUUUAGAGAAAAUGUGGAGCGCUGUGCUGGAACCACUGAAGAACCAGAAUUAGAAACCACCACAGAGUAUGAGCAGACGAGCAGUACAACGGAUAAAUACCCUACAACCACAAUGGGUAGUGAGAAACCCACCACCACCACUAUGCCUACCACGACCUAUAAACCUAUCACAACAACAACUGAAACGGCUAGUACCACCAUGAUUACAACUACCAUGCAAACUACAACAAGUAAACCUACCGCGACUACAAUGUCUCCGGAAACUACCACCGUGAUUUCUAUAACAUCCUCCACCACACCUAUUCCGAAUCUUCCCCCUGGCAAGAAAUGUCAAGGUGAGGGUUUCAUGCCCGAUCCUGAUAACUGUCAGAAAUUCUAUAGAUGUACCGUGACUGACAAAGGCUACGAAAUGCAUGAGUUUAAAUGUUCGAAAGGUACCGCCUGGAAUGAUAAAAAACAAGCCUGUGAUUUUAGAGAAAAUGUGGAGCGCUGUGCUGGAACCACUGAAGAACCAGAAUUAGAAACCACCACAGAGUAUGAGCAGACGAGCAGUACAACGGAUAAAUACCCUACAACCACAAUGGGUAGUGAGAAACCCACCACCACUACUAUGCCUACCACGACCUAUAAACCUACCACAACAACAACUGAAGCGGCUACUACCACCAUGGUUACAACUACCAUGCAAACUACAACAAGUAAACCUACCGCGACUACAAUGGCUACGGAAACUACCACCGUGAUUUCUACAACAUCCUCCACCACACCUAUUCCGAAUCUUCCUCCUGGCAAGAAAUGUCAAGGUGAGGGUUUCAUGCCCGAUCCUGAUAACUGUCAGAAAUUCUAUAGAUGUACCGUGACUGACAAAGGUUACCAAAUGCAUGAGUUUAAAUGUUCGAAAGGUACCGCCUGGAAUGAUGAAAAACAAGCCUGUGAUUUUAGGGAAAAUGUAGAGCGCUGUGCUGGAACCACUGAAGAACCGGAAUUGGAAACCACUACCAUGGAAUAUGAGACUAGCACCACGGAUAAAUACACCACAACAACAAUGGGUUAUGAGAAACCCACCACAACGAUGCCAACGACCACAUUAAAACCCACUAUGACCACAACAACACAAUAUCCCACCGGGACUAGCACUACCACAGAUUACACCACCACGAUGGAGCCAUCAUCCACUACACCCAUUCCCAAUUUACCACCGGGUAAAAAGUGCAUGGGUGAAGGAUUUAUGGCCGAUCCGGAUAACUGCCAGAAGUUCUAUCGCUGCAUAAUGACUGACAAAGGUUAUGAGAUGCAUGAGUUUAAAUGCUCCAAAGGUACCGCAUGGAGUGAAGAGAAACAAACUUGCGAUCAUCGCGAUAAUGUAGAACGAUGCCAAGGGCAAACCGAAGAACCCGAACCCGAGACAACUACAGAGGAAUAUGUGACAAGCAGCACAACGGAGAAAUACACUACUACGACUGUGGUAAGCACCACCUCGGAAAUUGAGAAACCUCCUGCAACAACAACCACUUCAGAGAUGCCUACCACCACGACUUUAAAACCCACCACCACAACAGAAAACCCUACAACAUCGAAACCCACCACUAUGACCGCCAUGGAGACCACAACUAUCGGUUUUACCACCACAAGCGAUUACACCACCACAAUGGAACCUACUUCGACGACUCCCAUACCUAAUUUACCUCCCGGAAGUGAAUGCAAGGGAGAGGGUUUCAUGGCCGAUCCCGACAACUGCCGCAAAUUCUAUCGUUGCGAAAAGAGUGACAAUGGCUAUGUUAAGCACGAAUUUAUGUGCGCCAAAGGUACUGGCUGGAGUGAAGAAAAACAGACCUGUGAUCAUCGUGACAAUAUCGAACGUUGUCAGGGACAAACUGAAUCUCCUGACCCGGAAACAACGACCAUGGAUAAACCCACACCAAGUUCAGAAAGUCUUACAACCACAACCAGUGGUUAUGAGAAACCAACGGAAACCACCGCUACGGGCUAUGAAACUACAACGAUGUUGACGACACAACCACAAACUACCAGCACAGAAUCAAUGUCAACAAAACCACCUGCGACCACCACUGAAAUGCCAACCUCUACCGGUGAUUACACCACAACCAUGCAACCCACCUCAACAACUCCCAUACCAAAUUUACCACCUGGUACCAAGUGUCAAGGUGAGGGUUUCAUGGCAGAUACCGAUGAUUGUCGAAAAUUCUAUAGAUGUGUGGCCAAUGGCGACUCAUACGAAAGGAAAGAGUUCACGUGUGCCAAAGGCACCGGUUGGAAUGAGGAAAUACAGACAUGUGAUCAUGCCGCCAAUGUUGGGCGAUGUGAGGGACAAACUGAGUCACCGGAAACCACAACAGAAGCAAUAAGCACGGAUAAGCCUACAACAGCGACUGAAGUCACCACAAGCCCUGCAACAGCUACACAGAAACCAACGGAGACAACCACCACCGCGAUGCCAACUACCACUACAAAGCCAACAACCAUGAUGCCAUCCACCACAACGAUGCCAACCACAACAACAAUGCAAUCAACUGAGACAACAACCACCGAAGGACCAACCACUCAAACAAUGCCCACAACAACGGGUAUGCCGGGCUAUGUCCCCACCACAACCACAGACUCAUCAGCGACAACAACCGAACAAUAUGAAAGCACCACAAUGGAGCCCAUUAAUCACACAUGUACAGCUGAAGGAUUCUUCCCCGACCAAGAAGACUGCAAUCGCUACUAUCGUUGUGUGGAUGCCGAAAAGAACGGCAACUACCAGGUGUAUAGUUUCCGCUGCCCUAAUGGCACUGUUUGGGACACUUCAUUGGAGACCUGCAAUUAUGGCGAUAAAGUAUCAGGAAAUUGUUCUUCAGGAAGUGGAAGUACUACUACAGAGAUGUCUACCACAGAAAUGGGUACUACUGAUAAGCCUGAGACGACAACAAUGGGACAAAUGGAGACGACCACCACAACUGACAAUCCCAAGGAGACCACCACUACUGGUAAGCCUGAGAUCACGACAACUGAAAACCCCAAGGAGCCCAUCACUACUGGUAAGCCUGAAAUAACAACAACAGAUAAUCCUAAGGAGACUACCACAACUGAUAAUCCAAAAGAAACCACCACUAUUGAGCCGUGGACCACAACCACUGAUAACCCCAAGGAAACGACGGGAAAACCAGAGACUACAACCACAGAUAACCCCAAAGAAACGACAACCACGGACAACCCCAAAGAAACUACCAGCACCGGCAAACCAGAGACUACAACUGUAUAUCCCCAAACUACUACGAUUAUGACUUCGGAAGCACCCACCGCGACAGGCAAACCACCUAUGGAGACGACCACAUCGGAAGUUGUUGAAACAACUACGACCAUUGAACCCAUUACAGGGAAACCAACGACACAGCCCGAAAGCUCAGGCAAUAUGACAGGACCAUGUCCUCAAACUGGUGAGGGACAAAAUCUCUUUAUAUGUCCCACAGGAUUUAGGCGUCAUCCCAAACACUGUGACAUGUUCUACCAAUGUACAGAGAAACAGGAUAGCUAUGAUCAAAAUAUUGUAGUAUUCCAAUGUCCCAAUGGCACGGUCUAUCAUGAGGAUCUGAAUAGGUGUGAUACUCCCAAACAAGGUGAAAAUUGUAAUGCAAUGGCUCGCACCACAUUAGCGGGGCAAUUUGAAGAUGACUACAAGCAAAGCCAUACGAUACAAAUACGCUCAACUGCCCCUCUUUGUCCCGCCGAAGGACAUUUUGCCCUCAAUAAAGACGAUUGUGGACAGCUCUUUGUCAAAUGUCAAUACUCCUGGGACACACAACGCUUGGAGGGUCAAAUCUUCAGAUGUCCCAAGGGCUUUUCUUAUUGGUCUGUAAGUCGUCGCUGUGAGAGAGCCCAAAAGUUACAGAACUGCGCCACCACAAAAUAUGACAUUUCCUCCUCAAUUCCCGUUGAAUGGUCAAAUAUUGGCAAUAGACGUAGAAGUCUUAAGAUUUAAUUGCUCCUAGGUUAGGUUAGAAGAUUAAGUCAUUAAUUAGAGCCUAGUUAAGAACAAAUGAACUGUUGUUUCUUAUGCCUGUAAAAAAAAAACAACAUCCAGAAGGAUAACCAAACAUACAUAUGAACCAUUUCUGCACAACAAACACGGAAAUGGAAGAAGACUGAAAUUUGACAUAAAAAUCUUAAUUUUGCAGGCAUGACAAACGAUCGUCAUAAGAAAAAGUAUUUAUUAUAAUUUUUAGCAUAUAAGAACAAUUUGGGUUUUUUUUAUAAUAUUUGGUGUUGGAUUUUAAUUUAAAUGGGUACGGAAAUUUGGGUCUUUUUUGAACAAUAGGCUUUUGGGGAAUAUUGCCAACCCAGCUUAUGUUUUUUUUAUUUUAAUGUAAUUGUUAGUACUUAAUUUAUAUUUACUUGUAUUUAUA